AUGGGCACAUGCGAAUACCGCUUUGAAGGCCACUCGCAGCUCAUCGACAGGCACACAGCAUCCGACCGACAGCGCAAUUUCCGCGCGUACGCUUGGGCCCGGCUGGUGCGGCGACUGCCACUGCCACUGCGCGUUCGACUCUCGCCCGCCUCGACGCGGUCCCGCGUCUCUGCAUCAGCAUCAGCAUGCCCCUCUAGCCAUCACACUCUCGCCAUCACGCUCUCACCAUCCCUCAUCAACCCAGCAUUCGUUACCGUCUCUCAAUCAUCGCCGCACAGCACCACCAUCAUCACCAUGUCGGCCUCUCCACCCGCAGAAAAGCCAGAGGCUGAGCAUGGCCAGCCCUCCUCUGUCAACCGCCCGCGUCGCGACUCGUCGCCCCUCUCCGACGUAUCCCAAAAGCGUCAGCUCAACCACAACCAUGACUCCAACGGACGCCACUCCUCCAGCGCCGACGAGGACGGCGACGACGACGACGACCACGACGCCAAACCUGCUCAUGCACAGCUCGACCGCAUCAAACAAGGCUCGCCCGCCUCCUCCCGCAACAGCUCCCCAUCCCGUUCCUCGGCCAAACCAGACCGAAAGCAUCUGCUCGAGGCCGAAAACGACCCAGACCUCUACGGCCUUCGCAGAUCCGGCCGUGCCAGCAGAAAGUCCUACACCGACCUCAACGACGACGACGUCGACGUCGACUCGGACGACGCCGCCGCCUCCGUCUCCUCCCGCCGUCGCCAUCUAGUCAAAGGCGGUCGCGCCUCCAUUCGCAGCUCCAUCCACGCCUCCGACGAUGACGACAAUGCCAACGACCAAGACAACCAUGAGAGCGACGACGACGCCGACGAUGACGACGACGAAGAGUUCGGCCCCGCAAGGUCAAAAGCGAAGCGCAAGCAAAAGCGCUCCUCCGCCCCACGUCUCUCCUCGGCCGACCUCGAAGCAUCGCGCGUAUCCAGUCGCAACGCAAAGCGCAUCCCCAACUACACCGACGACUAUGCAGACCUCGGCGACGACGACCCCUUCGAGGACGAGGCCGACAUCGCCGCCCAGCAGCACGCCCUCCAAGCAGGCACCAUCGAGGAAGAGGACGUCAUCGAAAGCAUCGUCGGACACGAGCGUCACGAGGACCGUCUCGACGAGGCCGAAGACAUCCCCACCCAAAACCUUCGCUUCAUCGUCAAGUGGAAGGGCUACUCGCACCUCCACGACACGCACGAGACCUACGACUUUCUCAAACGCUACCGCGGCUUCAAGCGCGUAGACAACUACAUCAAACACGUCUUCUACCGCCAAAAGGCGCUCCUCUCCGAUCCGAACGCCUCGCGCGAGGACAUCGAGGCGCUCCAGAUCGAAAGGGAGAGGCAGGCCGAACUCAUCGAGAGCUUCAAGACCGUCGAACGCAUCAUCGCACAGCGCAACAACGACGCCAACAAGGACAUCCCCUACCCGCAUCUCGCCUACCUCGUCAAGUGGAAGGGCCUCCCCUACGCGGACUGCACCUGGGAGGCCGAAGAGGAGAUCAAGGAGCUCGCACACGACGCCAUCGCAGCCUACCUCGCACGCUCCACCUCCACCCUCGUCCCCUGGCGCUCCCAGAACUUCUCCCAGGGCAGACCCAAGUACACGCGCAUGACCGAGCAGCCCGCCUACAUCAGCGCAGGCACCCUCAAGGACUUCCAGAUGACCGGCCUCAACUGGCUCGCCUACCUCUGGUCCAAAAACGAGAAUGGCAUCCUCGCAGACGAGAUGGGCCUCGGCAAGACCGUCCAGACCGUCGCCUUCCUCUCCUACCUCUUCCACUCGUGCUACCAGUACGGUCCCUUCCUCGUCGUCGUGCCCCUCUCCACGCUGCCCGCCUGGAUGAACCAGUUCGAGCACUGGGCGCCCGACCUCAACGCCAUCGCCUACAUCGGCAACAGCGCCAGCAGAGACAUGAUCCGCGACUACGAGUUCGGCCCGCCCAAAAAGAUGCGCUUCAACGUGCUCGUCACCACCUACGAGUUCAUCCUCAAGGACCGCGCCGAACUCGGACAGAUCAAGUGGCAGUACCUCGCCGUCGACGAGGCGCAUCGUCUCAAAAACUCCGAGGCCCAGCUCUACGAGGCGCUCAACAGCUUCCACGCCGCCGGCAAGCUCCUCAUCACCGGCACGCCGCUCCAGAACAACGUCAAGGAACUCAUCGCCCUCCUCCACUUCCUCCGCCCGGACCAGUUCGACCUCGACGUCGACUUUGACAUCAACAACGUCGACCAGUCCGUCAUCAAGGAGCUCCACGAGAAGCUCGACAACGUCAUGCUUCGUCGCCUCAAAAAGGACGUCGUCAAGGAGCUCCCCACCAAGUCCGAAAAGAUCCUCCGCGUCGAAAUGUCGGCCAUGCAGCAGCGCAUGUACAAGGCCAUCCUCACACGCAACUACUCGCUCCUCAGCGGCGCAUCCACGGCGCAGUUCUCGCUGCUCAACAUCGCCAUCGAGCUCAAAAAGGCGUCCAACCAUCCUUACCUCUUCGACGGCACCGAGGCCAUCUCGGACAACCGCGAAGAGACGCUCAAGGGCCUCGUCAUGCACAGCGGCAAGAUGGUGCUCCUCGACAAGCUCCUCGCUCGUCUCAAGGCCGACGGUCACCGCGUGCUCAUCUUCAGCCAGAUGGUCCGCAUGCUCGACAUCCUCUCGGACUACAUGUCGCUCCGCGGCUACAUCCACCAGCGACUCGACGGCACCAUCUCCUCCGAGGUCCGCAAGAAGGCCAUCGAGCACUUCAACGCCGAGGGCUCGCCCGACUUUGCCUUCCUCCUCUCCACCCGCGCAGGUGGCCUCGGCAUCAACCUCGAGACCGCCGACACCGUCAUCAUCUUUGACAGCGACUGGAAUCCGCAGAACGAUCUUCAGGCCAUGGCGCGCGCCCACCGUCUCAACUCCAAGUUCCACGUCAGCGUCUUCCGCCUGCUCACCAAGGACACCGUCGAGGAAGACGUGCUGGAGCGCGCCAAGCGCAAGAUGGUGCUCGAGUAUGCCAUCAUCCACCAGAUGGACACUUCGGGCACCAACUUUGCGCCCAAGGGCUCGGCCAAGAAUCAGCCCCAGUUCAGCAAGGAAGAGCUCGGCGCCAUCCUCAAGUUUGGCGCUCAGAACAUGUUCAAGAGCGAAAACGAGGACGGCCAGCAGAAGAAGCUCGACGAGAUGGACCUCGACGACAUUCUCUCCCACGCCGAGGCCCACGAGACCGAGGCAGACCCCACGGGAAGCUCGGCGGGUGGCCAGGAGUUCCUCAAGUCGUUCGCACAGGUGCAGGACUUCAAGGCCGACGUCAGCUGGGACGACAUCAUCCCGCUCGAAGAGCGCCAAAAGGUCGAGGAGGAAGAGCGCAAGAAGGCCGUCGAGGAGGCGGCCGCCGCAGCCAGCUCGUCGCGACGACGCGCCGCCGCCCAGGUGGCGCCCGGCGCGUACGACAAUGGCGAGGGCGAUGACCGUGCGACCUCGCCGGGUGCAGGCAAGGAUGCUGCCAGCAAGCGCUCGCGCAAGACGGCCGCCCAGCGUUCGGUCGAGAUGAAGGAGCGCGACCUGCGUGUGCUCAUCCGCGGCAUCCAGCGAUGGGGCGACAUCCGAUACAAGACAGACCCCAUCAUCAAAGAGGGCAAGCUGCAGGACAAGAACCGUCAGGUGCUCUACCAGAUCUCGGACGAGCUCGUCAAGACGUGCGAGGACGCAGUGGCCGAGCACAACGCCUUCAUGAAGGGCAAGCAGGAACGCGGCGAGGAGAUCUCGUCGGCGCUGCGCCAGAAGGCCGUGCUCAUCUCCUGCCGUGGCAUCACGGGCAUCAACGCCGAGACGGUGCUCAUCCGCCACUACGACCUGCGGCUGCUCGCCGAGACGCUCGACAACGUCGACGACCCGCUACAGUGGCGUGUGCCUUCGGAGCACCUCAAGGCGACGCUCAACUGGGCCGGCGGCUGGGACGCCAAGGACGACGCCAUGCUGCUGGUGGGCAUCUGGAAGUACGGCUUUGGCGCGUGGGAGCAGAUCGAAACCGACCCGGACCUCAACAUGGAGGGCAAAUUCUUCCUCGAGGAAGGCAAAAAGGCCAACCAGGAGCCCCAUGCUGCCGAGAAGGAUGCGCCGCGCAGCGGCACCUCGGGACCGCCGCAGGGCAAGCCGCGACCGAUCCCCAACGCCAUCCAUCUGGUGCGACGUGGCGACUAUCUGCUCAAGGUGCUGCGCGAGUACGACGACAAUGCCAAGGCGUACCAGAAGAGUCUGGCCGAGGGCGGCGGCAAGGCGACCAAGAAGGCGCGAAAGAGCACGUCGCCGACGCACUCGCCCGCGCCGACGGGCAAGGCGGGCCGAGGCGCGUCCAGCGGUGCUGCGGACAAGCGCCGACCUGCGCCCGUCUACUCGUCCGACUCGGAGGACGAGAGCGAGUACUCGAGCAUGGACGAGGCCGAGUGCAAGGAGCUCAUGCGGCCGUGCAAGAAGCAGCUCAAGCGGCUGCGCGACGGCACGGACGAUCUGGAGCGCGACCAGAAGGUGUCGGUGCUCAAAGAGUGUCUGUCUGCGAUCGGCGGCCACAUUGACCAUCUGCUCGAGACCAAGUUUGCGAGCCUCUCGCCCAAGGAGAAGGACCGCUGGUUCCACCACCUGUGGGCGUUUAGCGCGUACUUCUGGCCCAAGAAGGUCAAGCCGUCGAAGCUGCGUGCCAUCUUCAACAAGCUGGUGAUGAACGGGCCGACGACGACGACGGCGCCUGGCACUGCGGCGGCGGCUGCGUCACCUGCGCGUCCAGCGGCGGCUGGUGGAGCGGGAUCGCCGGCUGGCGGCGCGCGCGUCAAGACGGAGCCAGGCGCGGGAGGAGCGAGCGAGAACGGCGGUGGACACGCGAGCGGCGCAGCGACGUCGAUGGAUUUCAAGCGCAAGGCGAAUCCGCUGCAGGAUGCGCCGAUCCCCAAGAAGCCGCGCACGUCGAUGCACGGCAACGGCUAUGGCGGCUCGUACUAUCCGCCGCAGCAGGGAGCUUACGGCGGAUCGCAUCCUCCUCCGGGACCGCCGCCGCCUCCGCCGCCCGCACACGCGUUUGGAGGAGGUGGACGUGAGUCGUACCCGCCUGGCUAUGCCGAUCGACGCGAUUCGCCGUACCGCGAAGGACGCGAUCGAGAGUACCGCGACGGCCGCUACGCCUACCCGCCGCCUCCGCCGCCCCCGAGCGGAGGAGGAGGAGGAGGAGGAGGAGGCUAUGGCGGAUAUCAGCCGUACCAGCCGCCGCCGCCUCCUUCGCACGGCUACGACUACCGCCGAUGA